CGUCUCUCCCUCCCUCUCUCUCUCUCUUUUAAUUUUUUUAAAUUAAUUUUUUGAAAUUUCUUUUUGCGUCUUUCUUUAAGCAAACGAGAACAGCUUGAAACCCAAGUUCAUCGGAUUCGUUUUAUUCUUUUCUUACUACGGCCGAACUUCUCGCUUAAGGCCACCGAUUUUCCUCAAAACGGUAAUGUUUUGAACUGUCAUUAUGUAACCGCCUCCGCCAUAUUGUUCGAGAACAUGAAAAGUGUAACUGCAACCGCAGUCCUCCGUCGCCGCAUCUUCUUCUCUCGACGCCGGAAUCUUCCAAUUCUUUCAUUUUGUUAGAAGGAAAAAAACCGAAAGAGUCGCCUUAUGCAUCCUUUUUGUUGUGUUUCCACCGUACCGGAAUGUUCACCGGUCAAACCAUUAGCCGAUCAAGUCAUCACCAUGGCACCUCCUCCUGUAACAACUACUUCCUCUUCGGCUCCCGCCUCCAGAUCCAACUCGGCCCGGUCCACGGCUCAAAUCCAGUGCCACUCCGAUCAAAACCAUCAUCGUAGUAGUAGCGUUGAUUUGAAUCGGUUGGUCCAGAGGAAUGGAAUACCAUCGGGAAGAGAGGGUGCGACAGCCACGGCUCCGCCGCCGCAAGUAGAUGUUAAGAUAAACGACAUCGUAGGAAACGGGAUAUCGGGUGUGCUUUACAAAUGGGUGAACUACGGGAAAGGUUGGAGAUCGAGAUGGUUCGUUUUGCAAGAUGGGGUUUUAUCGUAUUAUAAAAUCCACGGCCCUGAUAAGAUCCUCGUUAACCAAGAAACAGAAAAAGGUUCCAAAGUUAUCGGCGAUGAGUCUCUCCGUAUUAUCUCCCGCCAUCGUAAUUCCAUUUCUAACCAUUCCGCAACCCAUCGCAAACCCUUCGGUGAAGUUCACUUAAAGGUUUCUUCGAUCAGGGAAAGCAGAUCAGAUGAUAAGAGAUUCUCCAUCUUCACCGGAACAAAGAGGCUUCAUUUAAGAGCCGAGACGCGUGAGGAUCGGGUUGCGUGGAUGGAGGCACUUCAGGCAGUUAAGGAUAUGUUCCCUAGGAUGUCGAAUAGUGAGCUAAUGGCUCCGAUGGACAAUGUGGUGGUCUCGGUGGAGAAGUUAAGGAAACGGUUGAUGCGGGAUGGUGUAAGCGAACCGGCUAUCCAAGAUUGCGAGCAGAUUAUGAGGAGUGAGUUUGCGGAAUUGCAGAAGCAGCUAAUAUUGCUUAAACAGAAACAGUGGCUUCUAAUCGACACCUUGCGUCAGUUGGAGACAGAAAAAGUUGAUCUGGAGAAUACGGUGGUUGAUGAGAGCCAAAGCAAGUUGAAUGAUCAAGGGGCUUCUUCUAUAAGACAAGACAAGUCUAGUGAAGGAAGUGUAACUGAUACAGAUGAGGAUAAUGAAAGAGUUGACGCUGCAGAAGAGGAGACUGAUGAAGAUGAGCAUAAUUUCUUUGAUACUCGUGACUUUUUGUCAUCAAGCUCUUUCAAAAGUAAUGGAUCAGAUUUCCGGACGUCAUCUUUCUCUUCAGAUGAUGGUUCUAACGCUUUUGAUUCUGAAGAUGAUAUUGAUCCUUGCAUUAAAUCAGUGGGAAGUAACUUUCCUUACAUUAAACGCCGGAAAAAGUUGCCCGACCCAGUGGAAAAAGAGAAAGGUGUUAGUCUUUGGUCAAUGAUUAAGGAUAAUAUUGGGAAAGAUCUCACAAAAGUUUGUCUUCCUGUAUACUUCAAUGAGCCUCUAUCUUCUCUUCAAAAGUGUUUUGAGGAUUUGGAGUUUUCAUAUCUGCUUGACCGUGCAUAUGAAUGGGGGAAAAGGGGGAAUAAUCUCAUGAGAAUUCUUAAUGUAGCUGCAUUUGCUGUGUCUGGAUAUUCUUCAACAGAAGGAAGAAUUUGCAAACCCUUCAAUCCAUUAUUAGGAGAAACAUAUGAAGCUGACUUCCCAGAUAAAGGUUUACGCUUCUUCUCAGAGAAGGUCAGUCAUCAUCCUAUGAUUGUAGCAUGUCACUGUCAGGGCACAGGAUGGAAAUUGUGGGGCGAUAGCAAUUUAAAGAGUAAGUUCUGGGGUCGCUCAAUUCAGCUGGAUCCAGUUGGUGUUUUGACCUUGGAGUUUGACGAUGGAGAAGUUUUCCAAUGGAGUAAGGUGACAACGUCCAUAUACAAUCUCAUCCUGGGAAAGUUGUACUGUGAUCACUAUGGUACCAUGCGAAUUGAGGGGAAUUGCGAAUAUUCAUGUAAGCUAAAAUUCAAGGAGCAAUCUAUCAUUGACAGAAAUCCUCACCAGGUACAUGGUAUUGUUCAAGAUAGGAACGGAAGGACAGUGGCUUCAUUAUUGGGAAAAUGGGAUGAGAGCAUGCAUUAUGUGAUUGGAGAUUACUAUGCAAAGGGAAAAGGACAAGAGUCUUUCUCAGAAACUCAUACACUUUGGAAACGGAGCAAGCCCCCUAAAUAUCCCACCAGAUGUAACUUAACAAGAUUUGCCAUCACUUUGAAUGAGCUGACUCCCGGUCUGAAGGAAAAGUUGCCUCCAACUGAUUCAAGGCUGAGACCUGAUCAAAGGUAUCUGGAAACUGGGGAGUAUGAGAUGGCAAAUUCAGAGAAGUUGCGGUUGGAGCAGCGGCAACGGCAGGCUAGGAAGAUGCAAGAGAGCGGUUGGAAGCCAAGGUGGUUUGCAAAGGAUAAAAGCAGCGACACAUACCGUUACAUCGGUGGAUAUUGGGAGGCAAGAGAGAAAGGGAAGUGGGAUUCAUGCCCUGACAUUUUUGGCCAAAUCCCUUCUGAUCACCCCCUUGACUAAGUUCAAAAGCUAAAGCUGCCCUAUCUUUUAAUUCUUUCGUCGAUUUUUUCACAACAUAUGGAUUAUGGGGGGCACCAACACCUCUAGUGCUCCAACAAGUUCGGAUGACAAAAACCAUGUAAGUAUCUUUUAAAAAGAAAAUAAUAGAAGAAUGAAAACAUUAUUUUCCCACUGCUAGUGUUCCCCGGUCUAUAUACGACGAUUCGAGUUUGAGCGUACUAAGUAUUAGGGAAUAUUGUAGCGGGAUUGCCAUUGUUGUAACAAAAGAUACACAAGAUUUUAUCAUAUACAUAAUACAAGAAGAAAUUCUUAAACUCCUUAACUAAAGAG